CAUUUCCGACCCAGAAGCGACGACGGUCUGCUCCAAAACCAUCGACGUUUGCAUCAAAAAAUUGAUUCCGACGUCAAUCUGCCAGCAAUUUUCUUUGCUUGGUUUCCUGCCGCAAGGUCACAGGUUCAAGACCAAAGCCCCUCCCCGGCGAUCUGGGCAGUAAUCACCCAUUAUCAGCAUUGUGGGAUUGCAAAGUAGGAUCAUAAAAACGGAAAUCGCUCAGGACCUCGGUGCUGCAAAUUGGUUGUUGAGGUGGACAGUAUGGGUGCUCAGGUUAUCGCCGCUGCCUCCAACGGCCUCUCUCAUGACGAUGAGCCCGUAGCCAGUGUCAGGAGUCGCAUAACUAGAAGCGGCCGAAAGCUAUGGUAUUCCCUGAGGGUCGUCCAAGAACCCCUGCGUGCGAGAGCGUGCGGUUCGGGCCCUAAAUCAUCCGCCGACCGUCGCCCCGUGGACCCGCCUCCGGUCGUGGAGCUGCGCAUCUUCGAGGGUGAAUCUUUUGAGAUGGCCCAGGAGAGGGAUGUCACCUUCCAGUAUAACGCCAACUUUUUCCUCUAUGCCACGCUCGAGCACGCCCGUGUUAUGGCCCAGGGUCGUCUCCAGACCCCUUCGGCCAACACACCGCCUGUGCUGACUGGCAUGCCUGUCUCCGGCAUGGCCUAUCUUGACCGACCCAAGUUGGCCGGCUACUUCUUGUUCCCGGAUUUGUCUGUUCGCCACGAGGGUCGCUAUAAACUGACAUUCAACCUGUAUGAGGAAACCAAGGAGGACAAGGAUAAAGACCCCCAAGACCCCAAAGCCCCCCAGGACGGCUCACCAGGAUCCUUCGACUUCCGAAUGGAUAUCAAGUCCCAUGACUUCGUCGUCUACAGCGCCAAGAAGUUCCCCGGAUUGACUGAGAGCACGCCUCUUAGUCGUACCGUCGCCGAGCAAGGAUGCCGCGUUCGUAUCAGGCGUGAUGUGAGGAUGAGACGUCGCGAUGGAAAAGGAAACGGUGGUGGUAACGACUAUGAGAAUGGCGAGGAGGAAUAUCGGAGGGCCAGGAGGACCGCCACACCCGACACUGCGAAGCAGGAAGCCUACCGACAAAGAUCGACGAGCGGAAGCACCGAGAGGACGCCCUACUCCGCCAUCAGUGAUCCUCAACGCCGGCCUUCGAUGGCUGACUACCCCCCUCAAUACGCCGCUCAGACACCGACAUCCGGAGGCCAUCUGGGAUUUUUGGGAGGAAACACACAUCACCAAUAUCCUGCUCAACCACCACCACAAAGCUUCGCCCAACCUCACUCGGUUCCCCCAUCGCCCGUCUACCCCACGAGCCAAGGCGCACCUUAUCAACACCAACCGUCCUCCUACCCUCCGCCACCACCGCCCCAUCAGUCGCUAUACCAGUCCGAACACCAACCAUCGCGGACCUAUGCGCCCAUCAACCCCGCUCCUCGUCACGACAGCAUCCACCAAAGUACAAAGGCAUACAGACUGCCGCCGCUCAGUAGUGUGGCCGUCCCUCCUCCUCCUACUCAGCCGCCUCACAGGUCCCUGCAUGUGCCUCUACCUCCUCUGAAAGUCGAUCACCUUCCCUCCGCCAGCCACAACCACCACCCAAUGGUCAGCCCCAGCAACAUGGCUGCUCCGCCUUACCCUCGUGCCUAUUCCGUUAGCAACAGCGGCGGUCCCACAAGUUCUGGCGGCUACAACUACCUUCCGCCGCCUCCUCCUCCGCCUCCGCAGGUCGCUGGCUCGAAGCGUGCGCACGAUCAGACGUUCAGGGCCGAUCCCGAAAUGAGGCGGUACCAGGAUGGGGCGCGCGAGCGGGGGGAGACUUUGGACGACAUCGAGCCGUUUCCCAUUUUCAAGUAUAGGCGUGCUGACGGCAGCGUUGAGUGCAAGCAGGCGGACAUUGGCGGGUAUUGAGGAUGAACCAUAUCUUCAUGGGUGUUCUUUACUUUGUGGGUAUCUUGUUGAGGGUCGAUCAAGGGCUUUCCGGAGUACUGAAACUGAGCGAGUUCCGCACACAGUAACAAGUUUCUUCUUGAAUGGCUUGUUGGGGUUGUUGCUGCUGAGCUAGGUG